AUGAACGAACCGGCGCAAAGCGAUCGCAAAGCAAAUAACUGCCCCAGCAAGAGGCCGAUCGAGAAGGGCACGGGAAGUCGCCGAAGCAUGCAUCACGAUCGAGUCCCUCCUUCCGUGCUUCGGAACUCGGGUCGCGAGGAGGACCUUCCUAGCCUUGCGGACAGGCCGGUCGGCGACCGUAUUGAAAUGAAUGGCAUCCAAGCGAGGCAACGGGACCAAGCGGCAACAUCCGGAUCAUGGCAAAAGAAGAAGAAGAAGAAACGGAAACUGAAAGCAUGCUCGAAGGAGCAGCGGUGGGUCCAGACGCAGGGAUCGGCUGGCGAGGUGCGGGACGAGAGUGUCAACGGCUAG